GUAGCGUCGCAAUCAGCGAGGAAGGGUUUUUCACAUUCGGUUCAAAAGGUUGCAAAACAGAAUAUAAUGUGUUUAAAAGGACGGUACUUGGACACAUACACCACGGAUCAUGGAGCAUGAGGAUGAAAUGAACGACUUACGGCUUCAGUUCCAAGCGCUACAAAAGCAGCAGGAGAAAAGAAAACUGGAUAGGACAAAGGAGAAAGAACCAGAUAAGCUUAAUGUCAUUGAAACCCAGGAGGAUUUGGAUCUAUCUAAGCAAGGUAUUCAGGCAGAGAAUGUCGAGCACAGACUGCUGCAGAAAGACAAACAACCUUUGCUAGACCAGCUGAGGGAGUUAAAGGAUGAAAAUGGUCGGCUCUUCAAACUACUGAGUGAGAAAGAUUUUGAAAUUAAACACCUGAACAAGAAAAGAGAAGAAGAGCGACUGGUAUUAGCAGGCACGUCGGGCCUGGCAGGGGAUAUCGCAGCCACCAAGAUUGUUGAGCUGUCCAAGAAGAAUCGAGAGCUUAAUGUUGAAAUUGAGCGAGAAAAAAUUAAAUCUAAGCAAAACAGCAACAGAGUCAAAGAGCUUGAGAAGGAGCUGCAGGCGGCGUUGGUGUUCUCUCCACCUGGGCAAAAGAUUAUUACAAAGUCACAGCAUAAAACGUCUGAAGACUGUGAGCAGGAACAUCCAGUGGUGAAAUCUCUUCAGGAAAAACUAGCUGCUGCCCAGCUGAAAGCAACUGAGUAUCGCAACCAGGUUCAAUCUGCCAAACAGGAGCUGAAAGUAGCUCAGAAGGUUUUAACUAGUGAGAUUGGAGAGGAGGUCAACUUUCAGCAAUUACUGAACAGCCCUGGGAGCUUUAGAGGUCGAUCACAGCAAAUAAUGGCUCUUCAGACAAGGGUUCGGGACCUGGAGCAGCAGCUGAACCGGUCAACUCAGCAGAGACAGCCAAGCAUCCUGAGUUUGGAGGAAGAGCUUUUUGACAAGAAAGUCCUCCAGAAAACCCUUCCUCAAGAGAGGAACCUCAGCUACAUCCGCACCAUCGAAAAGGAAAAGAGGGAGGCAUAUGAGAGGAUCUCAGCGGACUAUGAGGCCAUCCUGAAGGACCAUGAGGAUGUGAAAAAAAAGUUGGAAGCCUCUAAAGCCAGGAACAAAUCUCUGUCUACCGAAAUAAAAUCUCUGAAGGUCCAGAUCUCCACCCUCCUGGAAAAGGAGACACAUGAUAAUGAGCUAGUGGAUGCCCUGCUGAAACAGCAGUCUCAGAUGCAGGAGGUGCUGAGACAGCUCGGCCAACAGCAAAUUGUCCAGAGCCAGGAGACCCCGUCGAGACAACAGCUGAGCAGCGAGCCUUUUCAGCACAACGCUGUCAUCCACAGGCUGAGGCAGACCGUGGCUGAGAGAGAGGCCAGAAUCAAAGAACUGGAGGACCAAAUACAGCAGCUGUCUGUCAACCAAGAGAGCGAUGAGAGGCAGUCCAAGACAACACUUUGCAGUACAGGAUCUCCGCCUGAAGAGGGAGACAUUGACAAAAGAAUAACAUUUUCAGGUUCUGUUUCUAAAUUUGGUCAUAAACUGGUGUUGCCUGCUGUGGGAAGCAGUAUAGAAUUCAAAGAACAAGAGACGAACCAGGAGGAGCGCCGCAAGAUCCUCGAAAAGCAGGUGGAGUCGACACAAAUCGAUCCAAAGUAAGGACUGGGCAGUCAGCAAGGGAAAAACUGGUAUGCAAAGAGCUCUGCCCCUCAGAAGCACUUUUCCCCAGAAUCAGUGGGGCAGCAGUCGCCGAGCAACAGGAACUGGUAGAUGGUCGGAAACAUUGGUUGUCAUUUGUCAACAUCUUAUUUUUAAAAGAAGCAAGAUUUUUGUUUUUCCAACUCAAGAUUUACACAAGAGGACAGAAAUAAUGAUGCCUGGCAAAGGACAUAUUGUUUAUGGACAGUGCUCAUUUCAAGCCCUCAUGUUUGGGCAGCACAGAGAUGUCCAUGUUGCUUUUGUUUGUUGUCUCCUGGUUGGACAUUUAGCUGGAGGAAACGCAGGCGCUGAGGGCAUCGCUAAAGAGCACUCUCCACCAUGACCGGCAGCUCUGCAAUGACGCGAUGAAACAAGCCAAGCAUGUUUUCCUGCAGGCUCUGUGACAGCCCAGACUAGACACUAACCAGGGGAACUGGCCGGUCCCUGCUCAGCCUCACUUCCAGCUGAGCCCUACCUUCUCCUGUCACAUGUGACACACAGCAGUCUGCAGGAAACAGGCUCUCCUCCUCUGCCACAAAAAACAUCACACGGAUCGAGGUCUUUUUCUCCAUAUGAAACCUUUCAAGACGGUUGCUGUUGGUUCCUUUGUGCUUUUGGCAAUUUGAGUAGCUCGAGCAGCAGAGCUUUCAAAUGUAACCGUGGUGUGACAAGUGUUCCUACUGAGUACAGACAUUUUUGAUUCAGAUUUUCUCUGCUUGCAGUUUUAUAAAUGUCACAUUUCAUUGAAACUCUGCAUGUGUUUUCCUCUGCGGGUAACCUGAAGUGCAUUACAUGUAUAGAAAGCAACAGUCUGUUUUGUAAGCUAUCCGGAAUGUCCAAUUUAAUCAAUGGAAGGCAAACCCAAUCUUUACCAAAUGUUUUGAAUAUAUUGUUUACAUUCAUGGCUAUGACUUUCCUAGAGUUAUGAGUUUUUUUUGGCCCCAGAUGGUUGUUCAUAAAUGUGUGACAGGCCAAGACAAACAGUAAACACCCCAGUUAAGUUCCCAUACAUUUCAAUAUUACGUUUUAAAUAUUCCUGCUAAUCAUUUCUGACUUAAAACCAGAUGUGUGGGAAUAGUGGUUGAAAAUGAAUGAGGGCUCAAGCUACACAAACUCCCACUCUAGUCCUCCGUACAGUCCCCAGAGCGUGUCACACGUAUGUACAGAAUGCACGCCUCGCUCCUCAACCCAAAGGUUGCUUGGACGUGCACAGCCUGGUGGGACUGCGCUCCACAUUCAUACUAACAUCCGAGUUAUUUUCUUCCGAUGUAGCCAAAAGGAUUUCAGCAGAAACCCCCCUUCCACCUUUCCUCUCCCUCCACAUCACGCUUAAUUUAAAACCAUGGCUGAGUUAGUGUGCUGCUUCAAAUACCGCACUAUUUCUUCCAGGACCCUGUGGGAGAUUGGCAGGUCCCCAUUGGACUGAGCGAGAAAAGUGCCACAAGACAAAAAUAUCAGAGUUUGAAUGUGAUGAAGAAAGCCUUUAUGCUCAGAGUAACAAAAAACUGCUUGUGUUAAAUACCUCCUGGAUAGAAGGAGAGGCACGCUUUAAUGUAGUAGAGGGAGAUGUCAUUGUAGGAACAGAUGAGAUACCAUUAGCUUCAUGACUGCAUGCCUUGCAGGAUUGCCUAAUACAUAUACUGUUUUCGAAAUGUGCGUGAGAAAAGGUGUUGGUGAAAAUACGUGUCAUGGUCCCUUCCUGCAUUCAAUUCAAGAGAAAAUGUUGAACUUAACACAUUUUUGUUUAGGCGUGCUUUAAAUUGUCUGCAGACAAUCUUGGCCAUGACUCUCUUGUAAAAUAGAUUUUUAACUUAAAUAAUCUAAUAAUAUACAACCUCAUAAAUCAGUUUUGUAGAGCAUGUCCAAUAUUUUCUCAAACAUUUAAUACAAAGCUUAUAUUUGGUCAUAGGUGAUAGAGAGAUAUUACAGGCUAUUGGAUCUGAAUUCAAGCUCAUUGCCGUUCAAUAUUAAUUUCACUGUUUAAUUUCAGUCACAAAUUAAUGUCACAGAUAAUGUGACUACUCUGGUUGAUUUAAUUUUUUUAAUAGUGUCAUCACUUUCAAAUAAAUUACACUUCCCCAAACAAUUUUAAUAUCGUUUUAUGUAGCUGUAUUACGCAGAAAGGUGUAGAUUUAUUCCAAAAUGCCCAAUAACCCACCAAACCAAACACAAACUUAUGUAAACACAGCAUACGUAAACAGCCUCACCUAUUUGUCAUUCCAGCUUUGAAUGACUCCUUUCUCCAUCCUUCUCCUCAGAGGUAUUCCCUCGUUCUGGACCAAUGCUUCCUGCAGACCAUUGACUGCAUCCAGAAACUAAAGUAAAUAGUGGAGCCGUGAACGCAGAGGUUAAAGUUAGCCAUCAGUAUAUGAGGGUUCUGUGAACUUUACUCAGGCCAGCAAACGGUUUGUGCCUCUAUGAGUCCAUUCAUCUCCUAGUGCCUCUCAUUUACAUGUAAUGGAAAGAAAAUAAACAGCGGUGUCCUAAUGUGCUCAUUUACAGUAAGUAGAAAUAAAGUAAUGGGCUGUUAUCUUUACUAAGCCAGUGGUGAAACACUGAUAAGCUCAACAAGUGAAAUGUUGAUCAUAGUGUAAAGCAGGAGUGGACUUCUACAAUAAAGUAUGAUGGCGUUUUACUACAAUCACCCACAAAUGUGUAUUUGAAACUUAGUAAGCAAUGUUGGCUUUUAAAAAAAUCAAGUUUAUAUCAUGUCAAUACAGCAUGCUCUUUGUUAGUCUUUUGAUUAUCUCAGCAGGAUGGCAUCACUAGAUGGCAGUGUGGUUGGUCAUAUACUGCACAUCAACCUUUUGUGAUGGGUUGUUCUGACAGUCAGUGACUUGUUGACUUGUCCAGCAAUAACACUAUCUGUAGCCAAAAAUGCCACUUAAACAAUCGCUUUGUACUCUGUUGUACACAGCAAUGAUGUGCUAUUAAUACUGUACAUUUUAACUGUCAUUAGAAUUACCUAGUUGUGAUUAAAUCAAUAGAUAUUAACAUGAAAAUGAUCUCACUGCUUCUGAAAGCUAUGUUUUGAAUUAAAGAGUUGAUAAUUAUGAUAUCAAAUAAAGAUAAAGGUGUAAAGAUAAACACAGCGGUGACAUUACUGUAGAAUAUCUUGCUACAAUUAAUCAAACUGACACUUAACACAAACUGACUAUGAAAUGUUGACAGCAUAGAAAACUGGUAUACAUUUUACUGUAGCUCCUCAAACUCUGACAAUAGCAUUCUUUCUGCUGCUUGCAGCUUUCCUCCCUCCAAAUUGCUGUACUAACCCAGCUGUCACACUUGACUCUGAAAUUAAAUUGCUUCCUAUGUUCUGUCAAAUGUUCCGUCUCGGAAAUAAUCAAUUUCUCCAGGAAACACUCAGCCUCAAGUCGGAUGACUGUCUUGAAAAAAGGAAAAAGCAGUUUUGUUUUAAUUCAGCAUCUAGAAAUCUUCAACAUUAUGUUUGAGCAAUUUGAAAUGCCUCAAAAAACGGCUCUUGUCAGAUGAAAGACAGGCAGUAUAUAUUUGUAGCCAAACUCUUCCAUAGCCGGAUGUUUGGGUCAUUGGCUGUCACAUGUGUGUCCAUCAUCACUAGUGUGGAUAUCCUUAAUAAUAAAUCACAACACUGUCACUUUAUCAGCCCCACUGUCAUCUCACCAUGCUAUUUGUCUCCAAAUCCUACUGUGUAGUUUCCUAUUUUGUUUUAUUAUUAUAUUAUAUAAACACCUUGUAUUUUUCUGCAUAUAAAUCUCUAUUUAUUCCUGUCCGUUUUCUGCAACAACCAAAUGUCCCCAGUGGGGAUCAAUAAGGGUAUCUCAAUGUUUAAGCCACUCUGAGGGCAAGUCCCUUGAAGAACACAUUUGUUUAACAAGUCCCUUUACACAUGCUGACACAAUGGCUUUGACAUUUUGCUCUUGAAUACGAUCACUGCCAGUGGGAUUUUCUGCCUGAGGGAGAUGUGUGCAUCAGUAGCCUGUUAUCAGCCGUGCUCAUGCAUGAGCACGGCUGAUAACAGGCUACUGAUCUAUUAAGUUUUACCUUUAUCUGAGAGUUCACAGUGAAGAGAGAGAUAGAAAUAAUUGGGAGAAACAAAAGGGGAUGACAUGCCAGCUGAGCCACCUCAAACCCCCAGGAGGCUGGCAGAGAAAUAUGUUUGUUGUGUAUGCUUUAUGAAUAUGAAAGCUUUGUCUAGACACAAUCACACCCGAUGAUUAAUGCUUAAUGGGUCUCAUUAUGUCUGCAAAGCCUAAUAAACUGGCUCUAUAUUUAGUGCGCUAUGUAAAGGUGAAAGCAGAGAAAAAAUGAAGAUGCUCAGAUAUUUCAAGCUUUCAAGAAAAUCCCUAAUGAGUUACAUUAUUAAAGCAGAGUGCUACUCAAUUAAAAAAUGUAGAGAUGGUGUGCUUAUUUACGUCAGCUGCUCCAUUCUGAAUACGCUGUUAUCUGUUCCUGCAUCUAUCUUAUAUAACUGAUUUGUUAUUCUGUAAAAACAUAGAAGGUGGGACAUACUUGUAUAACAUAACACAAAUGUACAGGCCAGCUCUACCACCCUAAUGUUCCUCUACGGAGUCUACACGGAUAACAGGUGUUAAUGGCUCCAAGCAUCUCUCUUCUAUCGCACAGAAUACAGCUCAACAUUUGGCCAUAGGACGGAAAUGUCAAGCACUCACAGUUAGUCCCAAUGGAGGAGGCCUUUUGACUCCCUGUAUUACAUUUCAGUGUUUGAUACAUGAAGAUGCAACACAUCCUUCUUAACCCAUUCUUCACCAACACAUCCAGAUACUAAGAAUACAAGGAGAUCUCAAUCUGUUUAGUUUAUUUAGUUGCAUGUAUCUAACUUCAUGUGAUAGAAGCAAGAGUGCAUAUUGAAAAAUAUUAACUUGAGUUGUGUUGGACUGUAUUUGCUUGUCUUUUCUGGGUUUCUUUAUCAACAUUUAUUUUAUGUCAAAUUGGUGAAUGUAUUUCCUUG